AUGGAGGUUAAACUACUUAGCUCCGUCUUCGGUCUCUCUCCUUUCUCGUCCGAAAGAAUGGUCUCCAUUUCGAAGUCAAACCCGCGAAGACAAACGCAUCGAGUCACGGCCAUUAACUCCGUAGCAUCGAAGACUCAUCAUGUAGGUGUUGGACGGAUACUAAAGUAUGAAAAAGUAGAAGCAACGGUCGCGAAGGUGGUGGACUAUUCGGGAGCGGAGACGGCGGGUCCUGAUCUGCAUAAGAGCUUGUCGGACUUCUUGGAGGAAGCAAGAGGUUUCGUGGGAGAUGAAUAUGAUGAUGGUCCACCUCGUUGGUUCUCACCGUUGGAGUGUGCAGCUCAGGCUCAAGGCUCUCCUCUACUUCUUUUCAUACCUGGUGUUGAUGGUACUGGACUUGGGCUCAUUCGGCACCACAAGAAACUUGGGGAAGUUUUUGAUGUAUGGUGCCUUCACAUUCCAGUUAGGGAUCGUACUCCUGCUAAAGACUUGGUGAAACUUAUUGAGAGGACAGUUAGGUCAGAGAACUAUCGUUUCCCAAAUAGACCUAUAUAUUUAGUUGGAGAAUCUGUUGGAGCGUGUCUUGCGUUAGAUGUUGCAGCUAAGAAUCCUGACAUCGAUCUUCUUCUGAUAUUGGCUAAUCCAGCUACACAUGUCAACUACUUCAUUUCUCAACCUCUAGUAGGAAUGCUGAAUGUUUUACCAGAUAGUAUGCCCACACUACUGGAAGAAAUAUUUGGUUUUAAGCAUGGCGAUCCAUUGACUGCGAUGUUAGACGCUUUGACGAAUGGAUUUGCUGCCCAUCAAAUGAGUGGAGCUGGUGGAGGGAUACUAAAAGAUCUCUUUGCAAUUUCUGCUCAUCUUCCUACAUUAAGUAGGAUCUUCCCUAAGGACACACUUCUUUGGAAGCUGGAACUGCUUAAAUCUGCUGUUGCAUCUGCGAAUACUCACAUAUCCGCGGUCAGAGCUGAAACACUGAUUCUUCUCAGUGGACGUGAUCAAUGGCUUCUGAACGAGAAUGACAUUAACAGAUACUCACGCACAUUGCCAAAAUGUAUUGUCCGUAAGCUUACAGACAAUGGGCACUUUCUCUUUUUUGAGGACGGUGUAGAUCUGAUUACUAUCAUCAAAUGUACUUGUUUCUAUCGCCGUGGGAAGUCUCAUGAUCGCCUUUCAGAUUACAUUAUGCCAACCAGAUACGAGUUAAAGCAACGAUUAGACGAGCACAAACUUCUAAUAGAUGCUACUUCCCCUGUAUAUCUGUCAACAAAACAAGACGGUGAAAUUGUGAGGGGCCUUGAAGGUAUACCUUCAGAAGGACCUGUUCUGUACGUUGGGUAUCACAUGUUAUUAGGACUUGAGCUAGGUCCAAUGGUAACUCAAUUCUUGAAAGAGAGAAACAUUCUCCUGCGCGGUAUGGCACAUCCAAUGCUGUUUAUAAACAGCGAUGUUACAUUUGUGGACACACAGAUGCUUGACAAAUACAGAAUAUUGGGUGCGGUUCCUGUCUCAAACUUGAAUAUCUACAAACUACUGCGCUCAAAGUCACAUGUGCUUUUGUAUCCUGGUGGUAUCCGUGAAGCUUUGCAUAGAAAGGGUGAAGAAUACAAGUUGUUCUGGCCAGAGCAACCAGAGUUUGUGAGAGUUGCAUCUAGAUUUGGAGCUAAGAUUGUCCCUUUUGGUGUUGUUGGAGAAGAUGACAUCUGCAAGCUUGUCCUUGAUGGCGAUGAUCAAAGGAACAUCCCUAUCCUAAAGCAAAUUAUGGAAGAAGCAACAAAGCAAGCUGGAAACGUAAGGGAAGGAGAUGAGAGUGAACUGGGAAACCAGGAAUGCUAUGUCCCAGGACUUCUACCUAAGAUUCCUGGGCGGUUCUACUUUUAUUUUGGGAAACCAAUAGAAACUGCAGGCAAGGAACGAGAGCUAAAAGACAAAGAAAAGGCUCAAGAAUUUUACUUGCAGGUGAAGUCUGAGGUUGAACAAUGCAUUGACUAUUUGAAAAUGAAAAGAGAGAGUGAUCCCUACAGACACUUGUUGCCAAGGAUGAUGUAUCAGGCUUCACAUGGUUUCUCUUCUGAAAUUCCGACGUUUGAUCUCUGA